AUGUCGAAUAACAAUCACCAAGGACUCCGUCCGUCUGCUCAACAAGACGACUUAUCGGACAGAUCCGAGACCAGCGACGUCAGUCGUCAAAAUGAUGCUGCAAAGAAGACCAACAACGUGCCGGAUGCCCCAACUUUCAAAGUCCCAGUUGCCGCACCAAAUGCGAGACAACGAUCGCAAGGAGGAUCCACAUCGUCUGCGCUAAGAGGAUCCGCAGCGUCUUUCCAAGGAGGAUCCUCUGCGUCAGCUCAAAAAGGAGCCGUUGAUGCUAAAAAGUCUCGGAAGAGAGUCUCUGAAGCCGAUUUGCUCAAGUCAAUGGACUUCGGUCCGAAAGAAGGAGGAACAUUGGCGAAUGUCGAAUUGGGGUUGGCUGGAAAGCGCCCUAGGGCUGCUUCUGUUGUGUCAAAUCGAGGAGAUCAUCAACGCUAUGGGCACCAAGUGGAUGAGGAGGAAACCGAUGAUGAAGACGACGAAGAAUACACUGAGUCGGCUAGCCAACCAAUGAAGAAGAAGCCAUCUGCUCCAGCUUCGACACCGGCUCAAAGAGCUUCAAUGCCCCCCACCGUCAAUGUAGUUUUGCCGAGAAAUCUCGCUGGACCGUCUGGGUGUGUUCCAUCAACAUCACAAAUGUCGUUGUCUCAUCCUCCCUCACCAUUCAAUCAAAUUCACCAAGCUCCCAAUGUGACCCAUCCACGAACUGAACACGCUUCUCCUGCAACUCCACAACAAGCAGUUCAUCAUCAAGCUCCACGUCUCCAGAAUCCAUCAACUUCCCGAGGCCCAUUGUCGCAUCCUCCGUCUCCAUUCAAUGCGCAUAUGCCACGAGCUCCUCAUGGAACUCGGCCACGAAUCGGACAAGCGGCUCAUGCAUUUCUACAACAAGCACCCCCUCAACAAGCUCCACAUCCAAUUCCUCCGGUUGCCCAGCAAGAUCCGGUACAACCAGAAACUGAUCUCAUCCCACCCGAGAUUCGAGAGAUGAUCCAAAGAGAUAGAGAACAGGAAUUAAUAAGACUUCAAGUGCAGAACAUGUCAAGAAGGCGAGCCCGUCAAUCGGUUCAAUACGCUCCGCCUCCUCGGGUCCACAUCCCAGAGCCAGUAAGGCCCACGGAGCCGGUGUAUCUCCCUGAGCCAAUGAACAAGAAUGUUUGUCCCGCCUUCAUGCCACCAAACUCCAACCCGGACUUUUAUCAAUGGACGGAAGAACAGAUGCAAAGUUGGUUUCAACUUGUUCUCAAAGAACGCACGACUCCCGAAAUGCUUCAAAAAAUAAAAGACGAAAACAUCAAUGGACUUUGCGUCGAUGAGUUUCUGAAGAACAAAUCAAUUGUCUUCACCAGCCUCAAUUUGAAAUGGGGCAAUAUCAUUGCCCUGAAGAAUGCAGCCACUAUGUUGCAGAAUAAUUUGAAAAGAAUUUAUUUUAACCAAGAUAUGGCGGAGUUUGAGAGAAAAAUGCGGUUGUACCGAAAUCAAUAA